AUGAGGUAUGUUCCUAGCCAAGGUGAAAAUGUUGUUGGUGUUGUCACACAAAAGGCCGGAGACAUUUUUAAAGUUGACAUUGGUGCAAGUGAAACAGCAUCUCUAUCGUAUAUUGCUUUUGAAGGCGCCACUAAAAGAAAUAGGCCUGAUGUGCAAGUAGGAGAUAUUGUUUAUGCAAAACUUUUGGUGGCCAGUAAAGAUAUGGAGCCAGAAUUGGUGUGUGUUGAUUCAUUUGGCAAAAAAGGCAAGCUUGGCAUUUUAAAUCCAACUGGCAUGUAUUUCACAUGUUCCUUGAACCUUGUGAGGAAGAUUCUUAACAAAAACUGUCCACUGUUACGUUUGCUAUCUGAAGAGUUAAAGUACGAGCUUGCAGUUGGAAUGAAUGGUAGGAUAUGGAUACAGUCUAAGGCCAGUGUUGAAAACAUCGUUGCAGUUGCCAACGCAAUUCUAGCAGCAGAGUACACAGCACCAAGUGAUUUGCAAGCUCUGUGUGUUUCAGUGGUUAAAUCAUUAGCUCAAUUAAAGUAAAAUAAAGAAAAUUGGUAAUAAGAACAUUAAGUUUAUGAACGACUUUAUAUU